AUGCUGGCAGCUGUCAGAUACGUGAAUCAGGUUCUGAUCGGCAACUUCAGUUCCCCAAAGGCCUAUGCGGUUCUAGAUAAUCCAGGCGACGGACCCAUCUGCGGAUCAACGUCAGAAGAGCUCUGUUUAGUUUGCGGGGACAAAGCGUCUGGAUACCAUUACAACGCCCUAACUUGCGAAGGAUGUAAAGGAUUUUUCCGCCGCAGUAUCACCCGCAAAGCGUGUCAGGCUUGCCGCUUGAGCAAAUGCAUCGACAUACAUUUCAUGCAAUGGUACGUUUUUGAACCUCACCUUAUUUUAACUGUUACUGUAACUUUGAUUCCACCAUAUUUCCUUCAUGCAUUUGGCAUUAAUUGUCGCACCCAAAUCGCAUUACUAAUUUAUUCCAUUUUUGAUCAUUCAAGCCCGUGGGGUUAUUUUGAGAUUCUUUUCGAAAUUAAUUUGGUAACUUUUCACCUUUCUGAAGAAAGUAUUUUUCAGACUCUCAGAAACAUAUCAAAUGCGAAAUCAAACAGCAAUUUUCAACACCUCGCAGAGCUGAUCAUUCUGAAUGUGCAGUUGAUUUUCGAGUUUACGAAGCAUCUGCCAGGAUUCUCGACUUUGAAAAAGGAAGAUCAGCGCAUUCUUCUGAAGGUAUUGUUUACGUUUAUUAAAAAAAGAUUCCGUUUGAAUUUUAAGCGAAGAUAUUUUCACGAAAUAUUCUUUGUUUAUCGUCUGAAAGUGUGA